AUGCCAUUCGGAGUAACGAAUGCACCGGCCAUAUUCAUGGAUUACAUGAAUAGAAUCUUUCGACCUUGGUUAGAUAAGUUUGUUGUCGUCUUCAUAGAUGACAUACUUAUUUACUCAAAGACUAGAGAAGAGCAUGCUGAUCAUUUGAGGGUUGUAUUGAAGAUACUCAGAGAUCAUCAGUUGUAUGGGAAGUUGUCCAAGUGCGAGUUUUGGCUGGACGAGGUACAAUUUCUUGGGCAUGUCAUAUCGGCCAAAGGCAUUGCGUUGGAUCCGGCUAAGAUCGAGACGGUCCUUAAGUGGGAGAGGCCUAAGACGGUGACCGAGGUGAGGAGUUUCCCAGGUCUGGCAGGAUAUUACAGGAGGUUUGUGGAAGGGUUCUCAAAGAAAGUGAAUCCAUUGACACAACUCACAAGAAAAGAUCAGCCCUUCUCUUGGACUGGAAAGUGUGAGGAGUGUUUUGAGAACAUGAAGAGGUGUUUGUGA